CACUAGCAUGUAGCGCUUGCGCAAGUUUUACUUGCAUCCUACUUGCAAGAAAACUUGCAAAUGUAAACACUAACAUGCACAAAAGUUAAACUUGCAGGGCUGACUUGCAUGCAUUGUUUACUUGCGCCGGUAAUAUUUGUUCUGACAAAUAUUACCGGCGCAAGUAACAACUUGCGCGUCAGUUCUACUUGCACGCCGGCUCCACUUGCCUGUGUAAACACGUGACUUGCAGACCACUCCGACUUGUAAGCAAGUAAAGUGAGUGUUUAGUCGUGUUCCGGUGUGCUCUGUACAUUUGAGUUUAAGGUUAAUUUGUAUAUUUGUUAUAGUUGUAGUGGUUACUGAGUUGUCAUGGCUGAUACCAACGAGAACAAUGAAAGUGAUAAACCCGUGAUAGGAAAGGAGACUGUCAAGAAGGAAGGAAAAAAGGUAAAAAAGUAUGAUAAAUGGAACAUAAACAACAUUGAAACUUUUUUGGAACUGUAUGAGGGAUACCCUUGUUUAUGGGAUUAUAAAUUGGCGGAAUAUAAAGAUAGAAAUCUUAAAGAAGACGGCUGGUUACAGAUUGUAAAAGGAAUGAAUAUGCCAAACUUUACUGUUAAAGAUGCUAAAGAAAAGAUGCGAAGCCUGAGGAAUACAUAUUCAAACGAGCUAGUAAAAAUAACAAAAAGCAAGUCUUCAGGAAGUGGUUUAGAUGACGUAUACACACCGACACUGAGGUGGUUUCCAACAAUGGACCGCAUAUUAGGAGCAGUUGUGAAGACAAGAGAGAGCCAAGUAAUUGGAAUUCCAAAUGAAGAUGGUAAUAAGGUAGGCAUUAAGUUUUGUAAUGUAAGGUAACUUAAGCCUAAAUAACAACAUAAUGUAAAACGGUUUUUUCCAUUAACGUUUAUUUAAUCAAUGUUCAAAAUGAAACACAUUAUACAUACAGUUACAGUUACAUUAUACAUGUAUUGAUGGUACCAUUAAAUGCCAAUUUGGCUGAAUUAGCCCAAAUUGAUUGUCAAACACUUAAAUGUUCCUGAUUUUGGACGAACUGAAAUUGCCAUGGUACACUACC